GUACCCCGCCCGAAGAUUCACCGGGCAUCACCUUUCAACUUUUAUCUUACGCAAAGUUGUAUGCAUUCAGUUCUACUCGGUGUCUCUUUAAGUUAUCACGUGUGAUAUCGAUUUAAAACUAAUUAAAAUUCCAUACAUUGCUACCAGUAAAAGUUUCAAUCGGUGAUGUGAUGUGCUAAGUGAGUUUUGUCCAUGCGACAUUGGCAUUCGACUUAUGAAGAAUUCUUAACAGCCAUUAAAAAUAGCACGUGCGUUGUUUCGCCGUGUGCUGACUUGGGCACGUUGGUGCAUAAUCCCCGACGGCCGCUCAACCGGCUUCGGUGACAUAUUGCCGCGUGAAAGUGCGUGAGACUGCAUCGAUCUAAAAUAGACGUUUUUAUUUAUGAACAAUGCGCCUCUAGACACUUCCUAGUGACAGUGUAUGAAAUAUGCUCGUGUAGAUAACUCUUGGGUGUUUGUGUCGCUUGCUCUACAAUGGUGCGACUUGGACUGGCAAUGGUGGUGGGUGUGGCCCCAGCUUUGGUGUCGUGGUGGCGCGGCCAUGGUUCGUGGUUGCCAGCACCGCUCGUGGUGACGUCACCUCCCUCGGAGAAAAUCCCGAAGUGGCCACCACGCCGGUCUCCUUCGCUCUCCGAUUGCCUCGAAAGCAGUAGUGAUGAAGAAUCAGCUCGAUCUAUUGUCUGCCUAGUUAGACCUAAACUAGCCGAGCAGCGGUUGGCGGCGCGGCGGGCGGCACGUGCGGAGGCUCGAGAGAUACGCAUGCGCGAGCUUGAAAGGCAACAGCGAGAACAAGAGGACCAUGCAGACAAAGCAUAUGACAUGUAUGCAGAGACGGUGGGCCGACGCGGCGGUACCAGGCUUGCGGCACUCAGUCCUUCUAUACACUCACCACGACGGAGUUCAGAAGACUCGGCCGAUGACGCGUUCAGCAUCAAAGAUCUUAGGCACGAGUUGAAAGAAGUGGAGGAGAAGUUCCGUAAGGCGAUGAUAUUGAAUGCCCAGUUGGACAACGACAAGGCGGCGCUCGGGUACCAGCUCGAGCUGCUCAAGGACAGGAUAGAGGAACUGCACGAAGAAUAUGCGCAGUUACAGCGGGAGCACAAAGAGAAGUGUUCAGCCCACGAGCGUUUAAAGCGUGAGCACCUGUCGCUGGAGCGCGAGGUGGCAGCGGCGCGUGACGCUGUUAGGGCAAGAGACGCGGCCGCUGCAGCCGCUGGGUUCGCGUUCGUGGACGCCGCUACCCUCCCCGAGACACCCACCACGCCCACCACACCCGCCACGCCCGUCACAACCGCCACACCGAGCUUCGGCUCGGUGCCGCCGCUCGCGCUCGUCUCCCACCAGUCCGAGCAGCUGCUCAAUGACGCGGGAGAAGGCACCCUCGAUGUGCGGUUGCAAAAGCUGCUUGCGGGCAAGCAAUCUCUGGAGUCGGAAGUGCGGAAGUUGAAAUUGCAACUGAAUGAAGAACGCGCCGCCAGGCAAAACGGCGUGGCCAACCACCAUGAUCAGGAGUACGAGAAUGAGCUGGAGGCGGUGCGACGAAGCGCAGCGGAGGCGAAGGCGCGAGCGGCGAGGGCGGAGGCCGAGGCGGCGCUGCAGGCCGCCGCCGCCGCCAGGCUCGAGGCGCAGCUGCAGCGGCUGCGGGCCCGCCAGGACCACCAGGACGAGCACGAGGAGCAGCUCAAGCAGGAGCGGCGCCGCCUGCAGCGGGAGGCGCGAGAGGCUCUCAACCGUGUCGAAGAGUUGGAAACAGAGAACAGCCAUUUGACGAAACGGCUCGACAAACUCAAGAAUGCGAAGUCAGCACUACUCAAGGACCUGUGACAUUGACAUGCAACAUGCAACGCCUACAACUAAACAGACCGCAAUAUAACGCAGCGGA